AAUAAAUAAAAGCGAAUUAAAUCUCAUGUCUGAUCGUAUUGUAUUCUCAGAUUUAUGAGUCAUGUUCAGUAAUCACUACCACAGAAAAAAUAAUUAUCAGUAACCCUGUACAUUUAGCGAUAAUCAUUUGUAUAAACCUAUAGUGUCAGUAAUAUAUUUCCUGAUAUUUAUAGAAGUAAACUUGCAGCAUUACUACUGCAAAUACUAAAUAGUCACUAUUAUGUAGGUUAAGAUAUAUAAUAAUAAAGAUCUAAUAAAUUAUAAAUCAUGGAAGAAAGUGGUGAUUCGAUACUAAGGGAAAAUGAGGCUGAUGUAAUUGAAGCUAACAAUGUAGCUGUUAGAGCAACAAGAUUUAGGAAUCUCCCAUCUAUAAACGAGAGUAAUGAAGAUUUGCAAGCAAUUGUAACGACCAGCGAAAAUUCAAAUUUAUUGGCUUCUGUGCGUAGAAGGGUACAAAUUAGUAAGGAAAGAAUACAGAUAGGUUCACUCAAUGUUUUGUCUGCGAAGUACGAGAGUUUGGAUUACGAUACAUGUGAAAACCAUUUACUCUUAGAUGAAGAAAGAAAGAAAGGUUAUAAAUUUGUUGUAAGAAAGAAUAUAUCGAGAUGGUUUAUAUUUUUGUUAAUCGGUAUGAUAACAGCUUUAAUAGCAUGUGUUAUAGAUAUAUCUAUAGAAGAAUUAUCAAAAAUAAAAUAUGCAUCACUUAGUAAAUCUGUCGAUAAAUAUAUCACACAAGGCAAACUGUACGUGCCAUAUGCCUUGUGGAUACUGUACAACAUAACUCCUGUAUUUAUAGGAUCUGUAUUAGUCGCAUAUGUAGAGCCAAUAGCCGCAGGUAGUGGAAUUCCUCAAGUAAAAUGUUACUUGAACGGAGUCAAAAUUCCGCGUGUAGUCAGAAUAAAAACAUUGUUUGUGAAAAGCGUAGGAGUUAUCUGCUCUGUAGUUGGAGGACUGGCAGGAGGAAAGGAAGGUCCGAUGAUCCACUCGGGGGCCGUAGUAGCUGCUGGAAUAUCUCAGGGAAAAACGAGUACCUUCAAAAAGGACUUUAAUGUAUUCCGAUAUUUUCGAGAGGAUCACGAAAAGAGAGAUUUUGUGUCUGGUGGUGCAGCUGCUGGAGUGUCGGCUGCUUUUGGCGCUCCAGUAGGUGGGGUUCUAUUCAGUCUGGAAGAAGGCACGAGCUUCUGGAACCAGGGCUUGACAUGGCGAACAUUUUUCGCGUCUGUGAUAUCAACUUUUACAUUAAACGUAGUGCUCUCAACUUACCACGGUGUUCCUGGGAACCUGAGUUACCCUGGCUUGUUAAAUUUGGGUAAAUUUGAAUCGUGCAGUUAUGAGAUCUACGAACUACCCAUAUUUGUCAUAAUGGGGGCCGCAGGAGGACUUUUCGGGGCCCUAUGGAACCACAUUAACUAUAAAAUAACUGUUUUUAGAAUGAGGUAUAUUCGACCGAGGUGGAUGAAAGUGUUAGAAGCUUGCAUUGUUGCAGCAGUAACUGCCACUGUUGGGUUCCUGAUGAUGUUUACGAUCAACGAUUGCAAACCGUUAGGGGCAAAUCCAACAAAUUAUCCUACGCAGAUGUAUUGUAUGGACGGGCAGUACAACGCCCUGGCUAGCAUAUGGUUUCAAACCCCAGAAGCCUCAGUUCGCUCCUUGUUCCAUGACCCCCCUGACACACACAAUGCCACUUCCCUGGCUGUAUUCGUAAUAACGUACUUUAUGCUGGCGGCAUGGACGUUUGGGCUUGCGUCGUCAAACGGUUUGUUUAUACCCACAUUGCUGACGGGUGCUGCUUGGGGCCGACUCGUCUCAAUUGGAAUGUACUAUGUUUUUCCCAAUAGUUUGGUUUUCCCCGGAAAGUAUGCCCUAAUAGGUGCUGCUGCACAAUUGGGUGGUGUUGUUCGAAUGACAAUCAGCUUGACCGUGAUAAUAAUGGAAACGACAGGAAAUAUAUCGUUUGCGCUACCCCUCAUCGUUACGCUUAUUGCGUCGAAAUGGACUGGAGAUUUCUUCAAUGAGGGCAUAUACGACACCCUUAUUCAACUUUCCGGGGUGCCGCUCCUACCCUGGGAGCCCCCACCUCUAGUGCACAACAUAUAUGCGAGCGAAGUCAUGUCACAUCCGGUGGUCACACUUAAAUGUGUUGAGAAUGUCGGGCAUAUUGUAGAGUUACUCAAAUUAACCACCUAUAAUGGGUUUCCGGUGGUGGAUCCGCCGCUUACAGACCAGACGGAAGUCACUACUUACGGUAGAAUAAGGGGGCUUAUACUGCGAUCUCAGCUGAUUGUGAUCUUGCAAAAGAAAAUUUUCAAUGAAACCUCCGACGAGUGGGAAUACAUCACGGCCAGUUUGUUCAGGGACGAGUACCCACGCUAUCCUACGAUAGACCAAGUUUCCAUAAGCGAGGAGGAGAAGACGUUUUCUGUAGAUCUAAGGCCCUUUAUGAACCCUUCUCCCUAUACUGUUCUGCAUUCCGCGUCUCUUCCUAGAAUGUUCAGGCUCUUCCGAGCUCUUGGAUUAAGGCAUCUGCCUAUAGUGAAUGACGCAAACGAGGUUAUAGGUAUGGUUACAAGGAAAGAUCUGGCUCGAUAUCGAGUUUGGCGGCACCAAGGCCGAAUCGGCGUGGAAGAAUUAUUAAUUUCCAAAGAAAUAUGAAUUUAUCAGUAUUCUCAGUAAAUUAUAAAGCCAUUUAGAAUUAUUUAUUUAUUUUGUAUAUGUCUCACUCUAGGAAAGUUGUCGUGAAUAUUUUGAGAUCACGAUUUCGAUCGGCAAAGAUGUCGAAUAACAUUAUUUGUGUUUUGAUUUUUACAGAACUGCGUUGCGGGUUCGUAAACUGCCCGUAAUUUCCUAGGUUAAGUAUAGAAAGUGCAUAUAUGUGACAGUUGAAUUAUUUUUAAUAAAAUAUCUAUGAGACGUU